CCCGUAUUAGAAUUAACGUUUGUACGUAUUUUAAUAUUUAACAAUUAUACUCAGCGACCGAUUAUAUUACAAGUUGGUUCAUGGUGUUAUUAUAACUCGCUUAUAAUUUGAGCCCGUCAAACCUAAUUAGGAUUUCGAUGGUGCCGGCUUCUCAUACAAUCAUGGAAUUAGAAGAACCGAAUAGUAACGUACCGCAAAAACCGAAAGGAAAGGCUGUAACAAUUGCCUGCCUUCAAGUCAAUUUGACAAUAGCAAACGUAUUUUUUGCGUUUUUGUCAAUCGCCGGUCAGGUUGGAAUGAAAGUGACUUUGCCUCUGUGGAUAGACUCAACAAUAUUGACGCCUUCAGGAAGACAUUCAAGUUAUGAUAUUCAAGCCAAUGCUACUGGUAAUUUAUCAAACCCAACUAAUUCUUCAACAGGAGAUAUUGGAAUGUACAAACCUGAAGUUGACGCGUACUUUGUCUUGUCAUUUGGGAUUAUAGCAUGUUUUACGAUUUUUGGAGCAGGAUUACUUUUCAUUCGGUUGUUUCAACCGCAUCAGCUCGGCGAGACAGAACGAACGUUUCCGCACUUGCAGUUUUUCUUAGCUGGUUUCUUCAAUGCAUUGAAUGGCGUUUUUAUCGUAUUUGCCAGCAGCGGAAGACGGACAGCACCCUACCUGCAAGCGAUUUUAAGCAAUGUAAUGAUUCCUCUUAUUAUUGCACUUCGGUGA